AUGAUUAUUUUACUUCCAGAAAAGUAUCAACAAAUAUUCCAUUGGAAGAGAAAAUAUAAAGUGGAUCAGAUAUUACUUAUUGCUCCAUGUACAAGUGUACAGUAUAACAAAUCAAAUAUUUAUACUGAAAUACUCGAAUUCUGUCUGAAUCACUGUGUUCGAUUCUAUUACAUUUCUGUAGCUACAAAAUUUCAUGAUAUGCUGGCGCUGUAUGUAAUAAUCUCUUACGAAUCAGCAGCUUAUCAGUUAUGUCACAAUGAUGAAACAUAUUUUAAUUGGGAUUGUUAUAAGAUUGUUAAAGAUAGAAAGACAUGGUUUGAAGCAAAUGAAAUAUGUGGAGAAGAUGGCGGUAGUUUGGUGGCGAUUGAAAGCGAACUUCAACAAUUGUUUGUAUCGUCGUAUUUGCUAACAAACCUAAAAAGAGAUAUUUCAGCAUGCAAUAUUACUGUUUGGACUGCUGGCCAUAUGAUGUUAAAUAGUAGCAAAAAAGUUUAUGCAUGGACUCGAAACAAUUAUAUGGAUGAAAUUGAUUUCUGGGAUGAUCAAUUACUAAUGACCGACGGUGGUUGCAUUGAAAUUGAUUCACAAUCGAUGUUCCGUGAUUGGACUCUUGUCAAUUGCUCCAAUUAUAAUUAUUUUAUUUGCAGUCGACCUAUACAAAUGAAUGAAUUAGACAGUACGCAGUGUUUGUGUCGUAAUGGUUACCGUGGAAGAUUUUGUAAUCAGUCAGCUAGCAAUUUUGGUAUGACAACAUUUGAAUCACAAAGUGUUGUCUGUGUCGAUAAUGAAUUCGAAUUUUCAUGUCCAAAUGGCAGCUCAAUAUAUGUUGAUUUUGCUGUAUAUGGAAAUAAUGGGGAAUACAACAAAAUAUGCUUGCCUUCUGUGCCAGCAAACUUAAAUGUAACAAACUGGGAAAAAUGUAUUCAUCCAGCCAGUCUACAAACAAUGAUUAGCAUAUGUCAAGGUUUCACUUAUUGUCGAAUCAAAAAUCUUCAAUCAUUAUUUCCAAAUAGUCCUUGUCUGCCUACAACACCAAUCAGUUUGCAAUAUCGGAUGCGAUGUCUGUUUGAACCAAUGACCAUAUGUCCUUCGCAAGCAAUCUAUCAGAAUGGACGAUGCUAUGUCCCGUAUUCAACAGAAAAAUCACUUUCAUUCUACGAAGCUCAAACAAAAUGUCGUAAAGAAGGUGGACAGCUGGCUUUUUCAGUUGAUCAAUUAGCACAAAACGAAAUUGCUGUAACUGUACGAAAGCAAGUCCUUAAUAUUGAAAAUUCUUGUUAUUGGAUGGAUAGACCUGAAAGGCUGGAAUACAACUCGUCCUGUGAAUGUUACUGUAUAACUGAUAAAACUGCUUUUUGGAGUAAGAGAAGAUGCAAUAGCAGUCAGCAGUGGAUUUGUGAAUUUGCGCCAAAGACCCAAUCUACUGAAACACAGCACACUAUUUUUAAUGGAUCAUCGAAUAUUAAAAGAACAAGUAAUGCUGAAACUCAUUCCCUUCCAGUUGGGCGAUACUCGAUGAAAAUCGUUUCUAGUGAAGUAGAUAACUGA